AUGGAGCAGUCAAAACGACGAAAGUUGGAUAAAAAAGCUAAAAAGAACUUAAAAAAGGAAAGGCCGGAUUUGUCUAAAGUUGAAAAUAACAUUGAAAGGGAAAAAGAGGACGCUUUGAAGGUGAACAAAGAAAUUGGCGAGUUAGCAGAGAGUCAGGAAAUAAAUAGUGAAAAUGAUUUAAAAGAAAUCGAAGAAAAAGCCAAUGAAGAGGACGAGUCCUCAGAAUAUGACUCGGAAGAUAUUAUAGCGGGGCAAAAAAGAAAAAAGUCGUCAAGAAAGAGUACAUCUACUGCUGAUGAAUUUGCAGAAUCAAUGAACAAAAUUCUAUCGAGUCAAGUAAAAACCAUCAAUCAAAAGGCACCGAUAUUAUCUAGAUCAAAAGGAAUAGAAAAAAGAAUAGACGAAGAAAGACUCGAAUAUCGAGCGCGAAAAGCUUUGAACGCCGAAAAAAAGAAAUUUGCAGCAAAAGAUCGCGUUCCGGCUGAUUAUAAUACCGCAGAUCAUGAAAGAAAAUUAAAGAAAGUUGCUACUCGAGGUGUCGUAAAAUUAUUUAACGCGAUUCGUGAAGCACAAAAGACUGCUGAAGCUGCUGAAGUUGUUGGCGGUGGCAAAGAUAAAUUGUCGACGAGGCAAGCUAAAGAUGUUGCAUCAAUGUCAAAGGCUACAUUUCUUGAUGCGUUGAAAGGCGGAAUACAUUAA